AUGAGUGUAUAUACAACUACUAGAUACAAUAAGAAUUAUCAGUAUCUAAACUGUAACAUGCAGACGUUACCUAAUGGCCUAGGUAUGGGCGGUCAAUUUGAUUAUUUUGGAUUAUGGAUUGAUGCGGAAUACGGUAAAGGCCAUAGUAUGGCUGGACCAAAGUGUACAACCUACGGAAGUCCACAAUUGUCCGGGAAUAAAACUUUUGAGAUUGAUUGUCUGGAAGUAUGGAGUAUCGGAAAAAAGAAGAAGGACGAUGAUAAUGAUAAUAAAAGAAGUAUACUCGAUCAAGAUCCUAGUGCUAAAGCCCUACUGGAGUUGAUGGGUAAGAAGCAACAUAGUGAAGGGCUUAGGGAACCUGAAAAUAACUAA